AUGGCUCCGAAGCAAGCCCCGAAGCCCGAGUUCCAGGAAGGCGAGCGCGUGCUGUGCUUCCACGGGCCGCUGCUGUACGAGGCGAAGUGCCUUAAGGUGGCCACGGAAGACAAGCAGGUGCGCUACCUGAUCCAUUACAGCGGCUGGAACAAGAACUGGGACGAGUGGGUGCCCGACAACCGCGUGCUCAAGUACUCAGAGGCCAACCUGCAGAAGCAGCGCGAGCUGCAGAAGGCCAACCAGGAGCACCAGGCGGAGGGUCGGGCCCGGGGCGGGGGCCCCGGCCGCCGGGGAGGGGGCGCUGCCGCCUCGCUGCAACAGAAGCACGUGGAGACGCUGUUCCAGAAUAUUCGCAUCACACCCUCCACCUCCGCGGCCGCUGGAGCUGCCGAGGCCGGGGCCGCCUCCGCCGAGGCCAGCACCUCCACAUCCACGGGCGCUACGGUCGAGGCCCCAGCACCGGGUCCGGGCCGCAAGACCCGCAAGAGCAAGCAGAAGACGGGCGGCAGUGGCGGCAGUGGCGAUGGUGGCCCCGGCCCCAGCACGGCCCGGGAGCCCCCGCAACCCCUGCCGCGCAGGCGUGCCCGCGGAGAGCCGGCGGCCAAGGGCGAGGCAGCUGCGGCGGCCGCGCGCGCCGACCUGCAGGUGCAGAUGCCAGCCGAGCUGAAGCCCCUGCUGGUGCGUGACUGGGAGCUGGUGACCAAGCAGAAGCGACUCGUGGGGCUGCCGGCUGCCAAGAGCGUGGACGCCAUCCUGGACGAGUACGUGGCCUUCAAGAAGGCGCAGGGCCGGGGCGACAACGUGGAGUAUGCGGCAGACGAGGUGGCGGGAGGCAUCCGAGCCUACUUCAACGUGACCCUGGGCACGCAGCUGUUGUAUGAGGGCGAGCGGCCGCAGUAUGGAGAGCUGCUGGCGGCGCACCCCGACGUGCCCGUCUCCCGGCUGUAUGGCGCCCCGCACCUGCUGCGCCUCUUCGUGCGCAUCGGGGCCAUGCUGGCCUACACGGCCUUCGACGACAAGAGCCUGGCCCUGCUGUUCGGCUAUCUGCACGACUUCCUGCAGUACCUGGCCCGCGACCCCGCCGCCUUCUUCGAUGCAGGCCAAUACAAGGACGCGGCUCCCGAGCCCAGCCAGCGCGCAGCCUAAAUAGCCCCUGCGGCGCCAACCCGGCCCGGGGCUGCUGGCUGGUACCACCGCCCCUAGUAACACCGCCGGGAGCUGCGCGUGC